CCUGGUUCAGAAGCACAAGCAGUACCUGGCCUAGCAGUUCCUGGUCCGUCAGGUACCCAGCCUAUUCAUCCAACUAGGCUACAGCCGUCAGCAGCAAUGCCCAAUCUAUCAGCAUUGUCUCAAGACCACUUAGCUUCACUGAGUACCACUAUUGCCACUGCAGUAGUCAAGGCCCUACAGGACAUUGGCUCUGUGCCUACCAGCAGCUCUUCAUUAGAACCCCAAGUACAGUUUGUCCCAGACCCCGUGCCAGCUCCUGCCCCUCCUUCAAGUUCAGGGCUGGAAAUCUCCCGGUCAGUGUCUCGGAGCCAAGUUGAAGAAAAUACACAUUCCACGGUCACCAGAUCAGUAGAGGAGGCAGUUCAGCAGUUGACAGGGACAGUGCCGUCCACGGACACAACCCGUACAAGUAAGCACUCUUUCUUGUCCGCUGCGAUACCACUGGGGCAAAGAGUGCCCCAAAAAGUCAAAGCCCAAAUAUGGGCAAACGAAUAUGUAGAUUUCGCUGUCCUGCUAAAUACACUGUGAGUAAAGCAGAAGACGAGUUUGUGUUUGAGAUAGAAAGAAGCAAUGGGGGACAACCCUCCAUAGUAAUUGCCCCCAACCAAAAGAAACAGUCACUGCAAACCAUUGACCAGUGGCAACCAGCAUUCCAAGUCUUUGUAACCACAUAUUCGGAAAAGGCACCUCAUGAUACGCCAGCCCUGAUGAAAUAUGCAUCAGUGGUCAAGGAGUUAGCAACCCAGGGGGCCAAUUGGCACUUUUAUGAUGAACAUUUUAGAAGGUUGCGGGAAAACCAAGGUGCCCCCUGGGAUCAGAUUCAUUCCGAAUUAUGGCUACGUGCCCAUUCCUUUCGGGCCAAGACAACAACCGCAGGAAAGACUAGGACAACUUCCCCGUUUGUACCCCGGGGCUAUUGCUGGAAAUUCCACAAGGGUAUCUCGUGCAGCGGAUGUUCCUACCUGCACCAAUGUUUUCGCUGUGGACAACAGCACACUAUUGCCAAGUGCAGGCAACCC